CUACGUGAUCGCGCUGCUGACUGGAAUACCCAGGCAGCCCGCACUUACGAAAAACGAUACCGCGCUCCUUGGUGGCUAUAUGGAAGCUUCAAAUAUUGAUAGUCGACCGCCCUAUUUGAUGAACGGCGUCGAAUCCAUCAUCAUCGUCCCUAUUAUUUCCCAGCUCCAUCGUUGUAUCCCGCUCCAACUGCUCGGUACCUCAUAUUUCCAUCAUAUCUUGCGCCGUUUGUAUCUCCACUCGUCCAAACACGACGGCUGCUCCCGCCCUAUCAGAACGGCACUUCGCCAGACACUGCCGAGCCUCCCAGCUGGCCGGUUAGUUUACAAUGUCCACAGAACAAAAGGAGCUUGAACUUGUCGACAGGGUCGACUUCAAAAUCCUCGCCGUUGCAAACAAUGAGAAAAAGCUGCAAGACCUCCUCAAGAUAUACCUGGCACCCCUGCUGCUAAAGGCUAAAAGCGAACACGCAUCUGUGAGGAAGAAGGUUAUCGAGAUAUGCCAGAGACUAAAGGGAUAUGUCCAAGCUCCAGGUGUCGUGCUUCCCGUCAAGGCUCUCCUUACCCAGUUCAAGUCAACAGACAAUGCAAUCCUCCGGCAUCUAGACUUGAUGUUUAUCCAGAUUGGUAUUGGACGCAUUGAGCCCGAGGAACGCAGCGAGCUCGUAGCCGUGCUUCUUGAUGGAAUCGGCACAGCCUCACAAAGCAACCCAGCGCUUUUCAACCUUCUGCUCCGCCUGCUGCCAGAUGUUAAGGUCCCACCAAGAGGUACCAAGGAGGAUACCGCUUUCAAGGAUGAGGUUGGCCUCUCGGACUCCAAGGAUGCCGUCUAUGUUGCGGACUGGCUGGGCAAGUUCCUCCUGCUCAAGCAAACGACCGACGACUCGGCAGGCCUGUCCAAAGAGGACAUCGAGUUCCUCACCAACGGCAAGCGGGACACGUGGAUGUCGCCGCAUGGCGCCAAGCUCGCCGAGACGCGCGUCCGUGCCAUCAACUUCCUGGCCAGUGGCGCCUUCAAGGACGAAGAGCGCUUCAUCCCGUGCGUCCUCGCCGCAGCCAACUCGGACGGCCGGAUCUCAUCGGUGGGCGAGGACCUCCUCAAGAGGUCAGCGGUGUCUGUCGAGGACACCAGGCACGUCGAGAGCCUCUUCUCGGCCCACGCCCGCCUGCCGCCGCCGUACCGCACCCGGAUCCUGACGCUCCUGGCCAGGUCCGCCGCAUCCGUCGAUUUCGCACGCGAGAUCACGGAUGUGGUCCAGAUCGACAUGGGUGGGCUCGGCCAGGAGCCGAUGGAAAUCGACAGCGGCUCUGCUUCCGUGCCCAUGGUGGCGCUGGGCCUUGAGCAGACGAAACUACACAAGGCCCUCUUCGAGUACCUCAACUGGGUGGCGCGCAUCGGCCUCGGCAGGCCCAACUUCUCCCUCGGCGCGCCGCUGGUCGAGCGGCUCCGUACAUUCGUGCUGGAGCAAGGCUGGCCAGUUCCGCACAAGGCGCCGCUGUCGUUGGAGCAGUCGGCGCUGCGGGCGCGCGCUUACGAGACCAUCGGCGUGCUGGCCAGGACGGCCACGCUGAAGGAUGACGAGAGCCAAGCGCUGCUCGGCUUCCUCUUCCGGUCCCUGGCCGAGGACCCGUCCGACGUCGCGCCCAGCGUCGAGGGUGCCCUCCCCGGCAUGACCCAUUUCUUCGCCCUCCUCCGGCCCGAGGACUUGGGUAUGGUCCGUGACAUCCUGCUCACGUACAUGACCACGCCCGUGGGCCGGGGCCCUGAGGUGGUGCGCAGCGCCCGGCCCGCCGCCGUCCGGUGCGCCAACCGGUACCUCCCGCUGUCCGACGUCACGGCCCGGUGGAUCGAUAUCCUGGCGGUCGCCGGCGGCCGCGACGAGCGCAGCGAUGUCGUCGAGGAAGGAAACAAGGGCUUGGACCCCUGGACCUACUACGCCAACGACGACGCGUCCCCCGAGCUGCCCGACUGGAAGGAGAUGGUGCACAAGUACUUCACCGAGAUCAUCCCGCAUGCCGAUGGCGGACAUAACCGUCCCUCAGAUCACCGCGGCUCUACAUUCUUCGGGAACUUUGCCGGAGAUCGACUUAACGCCUAUCCUGUGACGGUUAAGUACUGCACGCGUAUGAUGCUUCUGUCCGCGCUCAAGAAGGACUUCAAAAUUGAGCGAGGCUGGGAGAGCCAGCUGGAGACCAAGAUCCGCUCCGAUCUCAACUCCCGCCAGCUCGUCCGAGAGUAUCUGGCCGGAGUCGCGCGCCAGCCUCUCCUUGAGCUUCUCACGGCCGCUUUUGAAGGCAUACUCGAGGAAAAGCCGCAGAUAUCGGUCGACUGUGCUCAGUGCUUUGUGGACGUUGCGUCGCUUGCACCACAGGCCGUGCUCGAGAGCCUCGCCGAACGAGCCCGCGAACUGUUGCCUCUCGCAAUGUCCAACCGCGAUGAGCUUCGCGCCCUCGGAGCCAGAGCAUAUGGCAUCCUUGGUGCCCACCCUGCCAACUCAGAGACUGCCAUCGUCGAGGGUAGGAAAACUCUACAAGACACGGCCCGUGGUUGGAAAACGGCAGUCGGCAGCGAUCUGAACGCCGCCCAAGGAGCCUUUUUGGCGCUCGCGCAUCUGCUAUCAAGAUCAGCAUACUACUCGUCAACAUAUUUCACCGCAACGUCUGCGGCUGAUGGUUUCGGCGAUUUGCAUACCAUCCUGCCGAGCCCGGAUGAUCUGUCCGCCACCUCUCCAUCCUUCCAGAACGCCAUUUUCGACACGGUCAUCCAGCUUUGGACCUCCGGUUUCCCUGCCCUGCCCGAGGGCGAGUCAAGAUCCAAAGCCAUCACUUCCUGGACCGAUGUGCUCUCUGCUCAGGCGAAGAAAGGAAAUGAGCGAGCAAUCACUGCCUUGGGACGCCUCCCUAUUGCCCUUGCCAAGCUUGAAGACGAGGAGCCAACUUUGAAGUCGAUUCUCACCAAACUCUACGGCCUUUACGAGAUCAAGCAGGCCGAAGUACACUUUGCCGUGGGCGAGGCCAUCACAGCAGCCGUGGCACGCUGGGACGCCGAGGUGGUGCAACUCACACUCGAUGUAGAGCCCAAGGACACGUCCUACCGCAUAGCCAAGCGCAGCGAGAGCGUUUCUGCAGUACUUGAGAAGCUGCUCCAGGACUGCAAGUCAACCAAACCGUCGCUCCUCAAGGCAUCCGGCAUAUGGCUCUUCUGCCUCAUCCAGCACUGCUCACACCUACCCGAGAUCCACUCGAGACUUCGCGAGGGCCAGGCGGCUUUCAUGCGUCUGCUCGGUGCGCGUGACGAACUCGUUCAAGAGACUGCUUCCAGGGGGCUGUCGCUUGCAUACGAGAGGGGUGAUGCGGAGCUUAGGGCGGAUCUUGUUCGUGAUCUCGUGUCCACCUUUACGGGGUCUGGACCCAAGCUCAAGGUGGAUCAAGACACCGAGCUGUUCGAGGCCGGCGCUCUCCCCACGGGCGAGGGCAAGUCUAUCACAUCGUACAAGGACAUCAUCAGCCUGGCCAACGAGGUUGGAGAUCAGAGCCUCAUCUACAGGUUCAUGUCUCUCGCAACCAACGCCGCCACCUGGUCGACCAGGUCUGCAUUCGGCCGCUUCGGUCUGAGCAGCAUCCUGUCCGAGUCCGAGGUUGAUCCCAAGCUUUACCCCAAGCUGUACAGGUACCGCUUCGACCCGAACCCCAACGUACAAAAGUCGAUGAACGACAUAUGGAAGGCACUGGUUAAGGAUUCAGGCGCCGUUAUCGACACCCACUUUGACGCCAUCCUGACCGACCUGCUCAAGAGCAUUGUUGGCAAGGAGUGGAGAGUGCGUGAGGCCAGCUGCGCCGCCAUCGCCGACCUGCUGUCUGGCCAGAAGUUCGUCAAGUACGAGAAGUUCUACAAGCAGAUCUGGCAAUCCGCGGCCAGGGUCGUCGACGAUGUCAAGAUCACCGUUCGGGAGGCUGCUUUCAAGCUCUGCAUCAGCCUCUCGAACACGCUCGCCCGGCACCUCGAAGAGGGCGGCGGUAGCACAUCAAACUCGUCGGCGACGGCCAAGUCCAUGAUCAGCGAAGCCCUGCCCUUCCUCCUCUCCGACAAGGGGAUGCAGAGCAACGUCAAGGAGGUUCAAGGGAUCACCAUCGUUACUCUGAUGGACAUGAUAAAGCACGGAGGGGAGGUGCUGCGGCCUUACAUUGCUGAGAUUGUGCCCGCAUUCCUCAACCUGCUCAGCACGGUCGAGCCCGAGGCCAUCAACUACCACUACCAGAGAGUCGGAGAGUCCAAGCGCGAUAAGAUCGACAAGUUCAGGAGCUCGCUCGUCUCGUCAUCACCCCUCAUGCAAGCUGUUGAGGACUGCCUCCGCUGUGUCGACGCCGACACCAUGCCUGCUGUGCUCGACCGCGUUGAGCAGACCAUCAAAGAAGCUAUCGGCAUGCCCACCAAGAUCGGCUGCGGCAAACUGCUCGAGACUCUCUCCAUCCGUCACGGCCUCGUGUUCACACCUCACGCUGCUCGCUUCCUGAAGCUGCUCCGUCGCCACAUCCUGGACCGCAAUGAUGAAGUCAGCGUCUCCUACGCUCGCGCCGCCGCCUACGUCAUCCGGCUGGCAAACGACCGCUCCAAGCUCGAGUUCGCCGAGUAUCUCGAAGGGCUUUACUUCUCCGCUGAGGACGAGAUGCGCCGCCAGAGAAUCGCAGACGCAGUACGCGCCGUAGCCGAGGUGUCGCCUGACCACUUCGCCGCCGUCGAGACACGCCUGCUGCCGCUGGCCUUCGUCGCUAGGCACGACGCCGACAAGUACGCCGCCACGGCGUUUACGGCAGUAUGGACCCGCCACGCCGGCGGCCACCUCACCACGGCGCGGUACGCGACCGAGAUCGCGCAGCUCGCCAACCGCGGCCUCGAGUCCCCCCAGUGGGCACUCAAGCACGGUGCGGCACUCGCAGCCGGCGACGCCGUUUGCUCGAUCCUCAAGGCGUCGGGCAGCAGUGGUCAGGUCUUCGUACCGGGCCUCAAGGCCCUUUGGCCCGCCAUGGACAAAGGCCUAGCCCUAAAGACGUUUGACAAGAAGGAGAAGCUGCUAGACGCGCUGGGCGACCUGGCCGAGAAGGGCGGGGCAUUCUGGAAGGGCGACGCAGCACUCGAGGAGCGCAUCGCCAAGAUCGCAGUGCGCGAGGCCAAGCGCACAAACGGCACCUACCGUAUCCCGGCCUUCAAGGCACUCGGGCGCGUGGCGCGGGCGCACGAGGACAUGUCGCAGUACAUGGACCGGGGCCAGGAGGUCGCGGCCGUGGUGCUGGCCAUCGCAAAGCCGCACCUCGACGCAAUCAAGGAGGAAGGCACCACCGGCGGCGACAGCAUGGACGUGGACGGCGGGAACGGCGCCGACCGGCGCGCGCGCGAGGAGCUGGUAGCCAAGACUGCCGAGGCGGCGCUGGAGCUGGUCGCGACGGGCGGAUGCUGGGCGCCUAAGAUGCGGCUCUCCCCGUCGGGGGCGCUGGGCGGCGUCAUGGCGGCACUCAAGCCGUACCUGUCGGCCCCGCAGCUCGCCGCCGCCCGCCGCUCAACCUGGUACGGCCUGGCGCGGUCGCUGCUGGCCGACGCCGCCGAUGCAGCCGACGCCGAAACCGCGCGCCUGCCCACCGAGGACGUGGCGGCAGCCGCCGGCCCGCACGCCGGGGAGCUCGCGCGCUGGUUCGCGGGUUCGCUGGACCUAGACCUGGACGCCGGGGGCACGGGCACCGAGACGCAGAGGACGGCGCGGGCGGAGGCGGCGCGCGAGUGGGCGCGGGCCGUGAAGGCUGGCGUGUUCGGCGCCGUGGCCGGCGAGACGAGCACAGUCGCGCCCGUCGCGGCCGAGACGGCGGCGCUGCUGCGGGCCGCGGCUGCCCGGGAGCGGUCGGCUGAUGUUCGGGAGGUACUGGGCGAGGCCAUCGCGGGGCUGGAGUAGGGCGUGUGGUUGUGCUGCAAGUAAUAUUCUCGAUCGUGGACACGGGGUGUGUUGGACGCCGGGAGUUUCGCGAUGGGUUUGUGGUCUUCUUCUUUGGCCUUCAUACCCAGUACCCUGAAUCGGUCAUCCUUUACCACAAGUAUCUGGGUGCUUCACACUUUCCGUUCUUGUCGUUCCAUGGCUGUGUGAAUGUCCUCGCGCGUGAAGGUGGGUUCACCGCACCUCAGCUCGUAGGCUGGCUCUCUCCGAUACUCCUGGCCAUAUCUUUUCCACCAAGCCUGGCAGUAUGUGACAAGAUACAACUUCACCAUUGCGGGCUGUUGCCGCAUGCUUGACUUUAGCCACCGUCCAAGUCGGUUACUUCGCCCUGCUAGAUGUCUUUUACGGGAUGUUUUUACUUCAUUCAACUUUUAGGUAAUGGGGCCACAGUGCCUAAAUAAUGCUGAAUUUGGC